AUGGCGGAUAUCCCGAAUGAAUUGGCAAAGAAGGGUUUGGAGAAAUUGAUGGACCGGGCAAUUGGAGAAGCACGAUAUAUAUGUUGCUUCACAUCCAUUGCUGCAGACUGUGAAAAGGAAAAAGGAAAUUUGGAAGCAAAAGUGAAGGCUGUGGGGCAACAUGUUGAUCAGCUCAGAAGAAGCGCACAAGAUACUCCAGCUGAUGUUACUUCUUGCCAAGAGCGAGCUGGUGAGCUCAUUCAAGAAGACACUAGAACAAAAAAUACAUGCUUCUUUGGAUGGUGUCCAAAUUGCAUAUGGCGAUAUAGUAGGGGAAAGGAACUGGCCAAUAAGACGGAGGAUAUUAGAAGAAUCAUGCAAGAAAUUGAAACCUUGAAUAUUACAGGACUCGCUCCUCAUCUUCCGGGCAUUGAGUAUCAUUCUUCCCAAGAUUACGUCUCUUUUAAAAGCAGAGAGUUGAAAUACAAAGAACUUUUGGAUGCACUGACAGAUGACAACAACUAUAUAAUAGGAUUGCAAGGGAUGGGUGGCAGUGGCAAGACAACAUUGGCAUUAAAAGUGGGUCAGGAACUCAAGCAAUCAAAACAAUUUGAUCUUGUCAUCGAUACUACAGUGUCAUCUACUCCUGCCAUAAGAAAGAUUCAAGAUGAUAUUGCUGUACCCUUGGGAUUAGCAUCAGAAUUGAAGGAUAAGGCUGAAUCAGAGCGACCCAAAUUACUACAGAGCAGAUUAACCAAAGGUGAGAAAAUUCUUCUAAUAUUGGAUGAUGUAUGGGAAAAUACUGUGGAGCAUAUCAAUUUUGAAACAAUAGGGAUUCCAAAAAGAGGUUGCAAAGUUCUUCUAACCACACGUCAUCUAAGGGCAUGUCGCUCAUUGGAAUGUGACAAAAUAAUUGAACUGCAGCUCUUACCAGAGGAUGAGGCAUGGACCCUGUUCGAAAAGCAUGCUUGUAUAAACAAUAAUACAUCUAAAGGUUUGGUGAACAUGGGACAUGAAAUUGUCAAAGAAUGCAAAGGGUUACCAGUUGCAGUUGCUAUUAUUGCUAGCCGUUUAAAGGGCGAACAACGCCAGGAACAGUGGAAUGCAGCCUUAAUAUCCUUGCAAAAGCCCAUGUACGGUGUUAGUAAAGAUUUGAAUGAAAUCUAUAAAUAUAUCUACUUUCUCCAGCUGCCAAAGUUAAUCGGCAUUUGCUCUGAAAACUAUCGCCCAACGUUCCUCCCACUUUUGACGGACUUUACACUCAGUGAAUGUUCACACUUUAACAUUAAAUCUAUUGGUGAUUUGUCCAUUCUUGAUUCAAGAGAAUUGGGUAGCACAACUAUCAAGGACUUGAGUGGGGACGUGCAAUAUUUUCUGAGUAUGGAAAAUCCCAAGGUGAAUGACUCGAAAGAAAUAAGUGAACAACAAAUGCACUUAUUACGGUUUGCAAAACUUCAGUUGGGUGAUCUGUCUCAGAUGACAUAUAUUUUUGUGGGUCCCAAGAAUUCUGGUACCCUCCAAAACCUUGAAGAGUUGGCAAUUGCGCGAUGUGAACAAUUGGAAGUAAUCUUUUCUGCUUCUAUGUUAAGAUGCCUACCACAAUUGCUGAAACUAAUGAUAACAGAAUGCAAAGAAUUAAAGCAUAUCAUUGAAGAGGAUAAGGAGAAUGAGAGAUGUUCAAAUUUUCCCUCUGGAAAGACAUGCUUCCCAAAGCUAGCAUUGCUUGUGGUAAAUAAAUGCAAUAAGUUGAAAUGUGUCUUCCAUGUCUCCACAUCUAAAGAGUUUCCCAAGCUAGAGAGUGUGAUAAUAAAAGAAGCGUAUGAGCUAGAGGAAGUAUUCAAAUGUGAACAGAAAAUUGAGCUUCCAAAUCUGGAAAUUGCAAUACUUGUCAAACUACCAAGCCUCUGCCGGGGAAUUGAGUUUCAGACUGCAAAAAGGCUUUUCAUGCAGAAAUGUGCAAAACUCUCUUUGACUUCAACGGCUGUUACGGCUGUUACCAAACAGUCUGUUACCAAAUAG